AAACAGUGGAUUGUUGGACUUUGUUACUGUCGAGAUGUCACAAUAUCAGUUUUUGGAGCGUGUUUUUCUUCACCUCUGAAGCCUGACUCUUGCCUAAAUGAAUAGCUACUGGCGUGAAAUGUGUUGCCUCUGUGUGUGUGUGUGUGUGUGUGUGUGUGUGUGUGUGUGUGUGUGUGGUGGGGGCGUUCUCGACUGACAUCCUCAAACAAUACGAGAAAGAGGAGUGCACGAAUCCGCGCACCCUAGGCUGGGCUCCUUGCCUGUAAUAGUGAGCGUCAGCCAUUCUUAAAAAACACAUUUUGUAGCUUAGUGGACUGGACUGGAAAGGCGAGAGGAGGCUAAACGGAGCGGACAACGAUGUAAAUAAAAACAGUCAUCCCCCAGCUGAGCGAGGCGUUCUUCGGCUGAGUUUUUGGAUCAAUCAGGCAGACAGUAGCUUCUUUUGAUUAAAGCCCAAAUUGUCAUUGGGCAGAGGUAAUCAUGUGACAGGCAAUUCGGUCCAAUUUCAACCUUGUCUCCAUGAAUUCAAUGGUUUAAUAGUAGCUCGGUCCCCAUACGGCCGUAAUCAGUGAAAUAGAAAAAACACCACCGGGAUUUUUUAAAUGUUUUUUUCUUUCUCGUCCUCACUGAGCCGCAGCAUUUAUAAAAAUACGCGUGCAAACUUUCCUCGGCUCUCAGGGAGCGGAGAUGAAUUACGAAUUCGAGCGAGAGAGCGGUUUUAUCAAUAGUCAGCCGUCGCUUGCUGAGUGCCUGACAUCUUUCCCCCCUGUCGCUGAUUCAUUUCAAAGUUCAUCAAUCAAGAGCUCGACGCUUUCACGCCCGACACUGAUUCCUCCUCCCUUUGAGCAGACCAUUCCCAGCCUGAAUCCGGGCAGCCAUCCGCGGCACGGCCGGCCCAGACACAGCCCCGACGGAUGCAACCAACUGCCCACCGCCUCCUUACCCCCGGAGUACCCCUGGAUGCGGGAGAAGAAAGCCUCCAAGAAGAACCACCUGCCGACCUCUACCGCUACCACCAUCUCCAAUGGACCCGUGUGUUUCUCUCCGAAAGGCUCGCCUGAGAUGGUGGAAAGCAGUGGGGGAGGAGGGGGCUCCCGUCGGCUGAGGACAGCAUACACCAACACACAGCUGCUGGAGCUGGAGAAGGAGUUCCAUUUCAACAAGUAUCUGUGCCGACCGAGGAGGGUGGAAAUAGCGGCCCUGCUGGACCUGACUGAGAGGCAGGUCAAAGUGUGGUUCCAAAACCGGCGCAUGAAGCACAAGCGGCAGACCCAGAGCAAGGAAAACCACAACGUGGAGGGGAAAGGGCCCGGCGCGGAGGACGGCAUCCACAGCGACGAGGAGAAAGAGGGGCCCGUGUAUGAGCGGAGCGGGGCCCUGCUGGAAAGGGAUACCUGCUCCUUUCAAAACAAUUCCCUUAGCUCCACACAGCAGCUCCACAAUGGAGAGUCCAUGAGCUUUGCUGCUGCGCCGCUGAACAGCAAUGACAAAAAUCUGAAACAUUUCCCCAACCCGUCACCCACUGUUCCAGGCUGCAUGUCAACAAUGGGCCCCGGCUCGGCAUCUGGCCCGGACAAUGGCGACAGUCCCCCGGCCCUGGAUGUUUCUAUACACGAUUUUCAACCUUUCUCGUCGGAUUCCUGCCUACAGCUUUCCGACGCAGCUUCGCCAAGCUUGUCAGAAUCUCUGGACAGCCCCGUGGACAUUUCUACGGACAGUUUCUACUUUUUCUCAGAGUCUCUAACUACAAUCGACCUGCAGCAUCUGAACUAUUAACUAUGAAAUCAAACAAUAAGCGGUUUUUGGAGUGGGGGAUAGAUAUCAGGCCACGAUAACUCUAGUGUUAUUUGUAUAUUCGGCACAUUUAUUCUGUUAUUUGACUUGACGAUUAAUUCAAGGUAAGGAUGAAAUUGAAUCACUGACAUUACUGCUCAAACGUGGUUACCAUACUUGUAGUUACCAUAGAAAAGUGAUCUCUUGGAAUGGAAAUUAUGAGUGUAUGUGAAUAAUUAUAUGAUAUUAGGCCUAUGAAACCUGGUCAUUUUUUAUUUUUGUAUAGCUUCCAAUGUCUUGAAUAUUUUUGUUAGAAUACAAUUAACUUG